AUGGCUGACACCAAAGCAGCUCAGCAAGCCAAAAACGAAGCCAAGCAAAAGUACAACCAAGCCGACCCCAGUACACCCUACGUCGAAUGGCUCUUGAGACAGAGUCCCGCAUUCACCAGGGCCUACCAUGCAUUCGGUAAAGCCCAAGCCAAGUUUGACGAGGUCUAUCUCGAGUACGACAAUGCAGCGGCGCAAGCAUGGAUCGAUGCGAAGGAUGCUGAGAAGAAGCGGCUGUGGAAUAGGGAUGAGGAUGAUACGCCGUUCUUGAUCAUUUUGCCCGAGAAUAUACCUCCGCCUCGCAAGACGGAAGAGGAGCUUUGGUGGGAGGGCACAAGCAAAUAUGAAUAG